AUGUCCGGCGCCGCGACACCCCACGCGCCCACUUCGGGAAGGGCAUCGGUCGCACCUACCCCAGCGCAGGCACCGCAACCGGCUGCGGCUGCCCUCCCGCCGCCAUCGACGUUCGACAUCCUCCCCGAUCUGCACCGCGUCCUUAGUCGCCUUAUCAACACUUCCAUCCAGCCUCCAGGGCAGCCUUCCGCCGAUGGCCCGCUCGACAUACAGCAAGUCUCCACCGCAGCCACUGAGGUCAAACUCAAGCUACAAAAGGCGCGGAAGGCCGUCAUGGCGCUGCCCGACGUUGAUCGCUCCAUCGAGGAUCAGCAGGACGAGAUCGAGUUUCUUGAGGCGCGCAUUGCGAAGUUGAAGUCGGCACUGCAGGACCUGGGGAAGCCAUCCCAGGAAGCGGAGGAUGUUGAUCAGAGUAUGACGGGGUAA